AUGCGAUGGGCCAGAGAUAUCUACCCCAGUUCAGAUACCUACUCCGAGUCCGAGACAACGUGGGAGAAAGGAAUUGAAAAGGCGAAGAGGAACUUUAGAGACUUAGCUGAAGCAUAUUCCUUAGGCAAGGUCAUAGACAGAGGCGGAUCAAAAGUCUCUCGCCUAGCAAUGAGCAAGGUCGCAAUAUCGGUAUAUAGACUAAACAAAGGCUGCGAAAGAAUUCUAACAAAGGAGUUUAUCGAAAUAAUACCCUACCCAAUAUUAAAUAGUAAUGUGAGGACGGAGAUAGAGAAACUCUAUAAUUCGCGUAUAAACACCAGCUCCACUACCAUGGCUAUUAAAAAACCACUUACUCCACAAUCGAUAUCUAGCAUUGUAGAUGUAGAUGAUGACUCGCAGCAAUUCGAUAUUGUAAACUGCUAUAAGGGUUUUUUGGAGGCCAAUCCAGACAUUCCAAUGCCAAUAGCAGCAAUAGAAUCUUUAAUCGAAUUUAUUAAGCACAGUAAAGCAACGACACUUUCCGAAUUUAUGAAAUCUCUUGAGGAGGGAAGUGAAUCAUUGAAGAGCUCUACACGAAAUUCGAUCUCCCUCUCCGCGGGGACAGACUUAUUUCUGAGAUUUGUCACCCGGACAUCUCAUGAUGUUACGAAUCUUGAUGCUUGCAAAGAGCAUCUAAUGGAAAGUGGCAAAGUCCUCGUGGAAAAGGCAAUUGCAGUUAGACACAAGGUGGCCGAAUUGGGUGUUCAGUUCAUAAAAGACGAUGCCCGUGCAGCAGCGUGUAAGAAGAGAUUUAAAGUGUAUGUCACCGAAUCAAGACCCAGUUCACUAGGUCUGCGUUCAGUCAAAACAUUGCGCAAGUCAGGCAUCCCAGCCACCGUUAUACUAGAUACGGCUGUUGGAUAUGUCAUUGGCAAAGUAGAUGCGGUUUUCGUUGGAGCAGAGGGCGUUGUCGAGAAUGGUGGCUUGAUCAAUGCGAUCGGUACUUAUCAAUUAGCCAUAGUUGCCAAAGCUGCCAAUAAACCCUUCUAUGCAGUACUUGAGAGCUACAAAUUCCUUCGUCUAUUUCCCCUGAAUCAAUACGAUCUUCCAACACACACACCAGACUUGCUAUCAUUCCCAGACUUGGAUAAUCGAUUCAGCCACAUAAGCGGUCACAUGAGAAUAAGCGAUAAAUACGAGCACAAUCACAAGCAAGUCGACAGCAAGGAUGAAACGGAUGAGGUUGAAGAUUAUGAGUCGAACAAUCCAACGGUAGAUUACACUCCACCAGAAUAUAUCACUCUACUUUGUACAGACUUGGGCGUUCUAACACCAUCAGGAGUCAGUGAUGAAUUGAUCAAGUUACAUUUGUAUUAA